AUGCUUGAUAAAGCAGCUAAGGAUAGGCGAGUUGGUUAUCACCCGCGAUGUAAGAAUAUCAGUCUCACACAUUUGUGCUUCGCAGAUGACUUAUUGGUAUUCACUGAUGGGACUAAGACGUCUAUUGAGGGUAUUCUUCAGGUUUUUCAUGACUUUACAGGCUUUUACGGCCUGAAUAUUAGCCUUGAAAAGUCUACGCUGUAUAUGGCUGGAGUCACAGUCAGUGAAAAAGAUGCGAUCCUACACUCAUUCCCAUUUGCAUCAGGAACCCUUCCUGUCCGUUAUCUUGGCUUACCGCUUCUAACCAAGCCUCAUCAGUUCAGUCAUCCACAGUCUCACAAACUUUUGGAUGUCAGCUUUCCGCUUGCCAACAGCUUGUACAAAGGAGAUAGACAGUAUGUGAUCUGCGUUCUUGUGGUCAGGUCCUUGUCUCAAUGCAAAAAAGCUAAAGUUUCGUGGUCUGAUGUCUGUACGCCGAAGGAAGACGGUGGUUUGGGUCUGCGUUCUCUGAAAGAAGCAAACAAGGGGUCCUUCUGGUCUCUUCAAGAAAAUAGUACCUCCGGUUCUUGGAUGUGGAGAAAGCUACUCAAAUAUCGAGCUUUAGCCGUAGAGUUUGUUCGGUAUGAGGUAAAUAAUGGAAAACACAUCUCGUUUUGGCAUGAUAAUUGGUCGCCACUCGGCUGCUUAUUCAAACUUGCAGGAUCGCGUGGUACUAUUGAUAUUGGGAUUGGUCUCCACGCAACUGUAGCAGAGGCACUCACUCAUAGACAACGACACCAUCAAGUCGAAUACCUAAAUCAAUUAGAGACGGUUCUCACAUCAGUUCGAAACAGAGGACUACUGGAAACAGAGGACAAGGUCCUUUGGCGGGGUAACAGGAUCGUUUUAAGGCCAAAUUUAGCACCAAAGAAACUUGGGAACAUACCCGGAUCUCAGGACAGAGGAAACCAUGGGCUGCUGGUGUCUGGUUUUCCUAAGCCACACCCAAAUACUCCUUUAUUGUCUGGAUCGCCAUGCUGA